AUGGACAAUAUCAGCUGGACCAGUGUGUCCCAUUUUGUUCUCUUGGGCAUUUCUACACACCCAGAUGAACAGAUACCACUCUUCCUUCUUUUUCUUUUCAUGUACACAAUAAACAUUUCUGGCAAUUUUGCCAUCAUUGCACUCAUUAUCUCAGCUCCUCACCUCCACACCCCCAUGUACAUUUUCCUCAGUAACUUGGCUUUGGCAGAUAUCUGCUUCACCUCUACCACUGUCCCCAAGAUGCUGCUGAAUAUUUUCUCAACUACAAAGGCCAUUUCCUACAUGGGCUGCUUAGCCCAGACUUAUUUUUUUAUUUGCUUUGCAGCCAUGGAAAAUUUCCUUUUGGCUGUGAUGGCCUAUGACAGGUACAUCGCCAUCUGCCACCCUCUCUGUUACCCCACAAAACUUACCAGAACGGUGUGUGCACACAUGGUGGCUCUGUGUCAUAUCCUCUCCCACCUUCAUGCACUACUGCACACCUUUCUCAUGGGCCGACUGGUCUUCUGUGCAGAUAACAGGAUCCCCCACUUCUUCUGUGACCUCUAUCCUCUGAUGAAGAUCUCCUGCUCCAGCACCCACCUCAACACCUUGAUGAUUCACACAGAAGGGGUCAUUGUCAUCAAUGGAGCUCUGGCCUUCAUCAUUGCCUCCUACACCUUUAUCAUCUCAGUGGUCCUUCGGAUCCCCUCAGCCAAAGGCAAAUGGAGAGCCUUUUCUACCUGCGGCUCCCACCUCACUGUGGUGGCCAUAUUCUAUGGUACCCUCACAUGGGUCUACUUCAGGCCCCUUUCCAGCUAUUCAGUGACUAAUGGUCGCAUUGUGACUGUCAUGUACACAGUGGUGACUCCCAUGUUGAACCCCUUCAUCUAUAGCCUGAGGAAUGGGGAUGUCAAAGAAGCCUUCAAGAAGAUGAUGAGAAGAAUGUAG